GUAGCAAAUAAUAAAAUAAAAUGAUUUAAAAAAAUUUCAGGCUCUUCCUAGCAAUGGACCCGAAAAAUGGUGAAAUAUCUCGUGCAAUGCGUAACAGAGGUAUCGAGAUCUAUCUCCUUGGUGAGGAGGAAGGUGGAAGCUAUAGCAACCAUGAUGUCAUGACAAUGCUCCACAGCAUGGGAAUUGUGGGUAAAGAGCCUUGUGAGACUUUGAUGUCAAUUCAUGAUGUGAUGAAACAAAACAGAAAUGGCCCAGAAAAAUUAACAGUGCUGGAUCUGAUGAACUGUGCACAUCUUGUGAGCCAACAGUUGCAAAGAGGGUGCCAUGCCAAAUCAGCCAUUUUGAAUUCAUGUCUAGAUGUUUAUGUGAAAACACAAAAGAAUUUUGCCAGCAAACAGGUAAUAUAACUGUUCUGCUGCUUUAAGAGAGGAGCUUGUAUAUGUCAAGAAUAUAUGAAUACAAGUUGAAGCAU